UAGGGGCCCCCGCUCCUCUAGGAGGAAGAGCCCGCUCCUUCCUGCCGCUGGUCCGUUACUGGCCGGCUCGGCUCUCUCUGGCGCCGGACCCACCACCCUCAAGAGGGACGGCACCCCGAUCGGCCCCGCGCUCGGUAGCCGCAUCUGGGCGUGGCAGGAGGACCUGCGCCCCGCGCUCCCCCCCCGCCCCCGCACCAUGAGCGCGCGCCUGCCGCUCGUGCUGCGCCAGCUCGGCCGCCCGCCGCGGACCCCGGGUCUGCCGCGCCAUCUCCGCGCACCCUGUCGCGCCAGCAGCGGCGGUGGCGGUGGCGGGGUUCCGGAGGGCCUGCGCGGGCAGGGACGGCUGCAGAAUGGCCAGGCCUGGAGCAGCAGCGGUCCCGGCAGCCCGGCGCCCUCCGCGCGGGACUCCAUCGUCAGGUGAUCAUUCCACAAUUCAAAAGAAGUUCUGAGUUUGUUGCAAGAAAAAAACCCUACCUUUAAGCCGGUUCUUGCUAUUAUUCAGGCUGGUGAUGACAACUUGAUGCAGGAAAUUAACCAGAAUUUGGCUGAGGAGGCUGGUCUGAACAUCACGCACAUCUGUCUUCCUCCAGACAGCGGGGAGAAUGAGAUUAUAAAUGAAAUCUUGAAGAUUAACGAAGACACCAGAGUACAUGGCCUUGCCCUUCAGAUCUCUGAAGACUCAUUUAGCAACAAAGUACUCAAUGCUUUAAAACCAGAAAAAGAUGUGGAUGGGGUGACAGAUAUCAAUCUGGGGAAGCUGGUGCGCGGCGACGCCCAUGAGUGCUUUGUUUCACCUGUCGCCAGAGCCACGAUUGAACUUACUGAAAAAUCAGGUGUCAGCUUAGAUGGGAAGAAGGUGUUGGUGAUUGGGGCUCACGGAUCCUUGGAAGCUGCCCUACAGUGUCUGUUCCAGAGAAGAGGGUCCCUGACGAUGAGUUCCCCGUGGAAAACGUCUCAGCUUGAAAGCAAGCUUCAGGAGGCUGACAUUGUGGUCUUAGGUUCUCCUAAGCCGGAAGAGAUCCCGCCUGAGUGGAUCCAGCCAGGAACCACUGUUCUCCAUUGCUUCCAUGACUUCCUGUCAGGGAAGCUGAGAGGUGGUUCUCCCUGGGUGCAUGGGAGUGGACUCAUUGCAGAAGGUGAUGUGAGCCUUCUUGCUGCAGCUCUGCGGAUUCAGAACAUGGUAAGCAGUGGAAGGCGGUGGCUCCGUGAACAGCAGCACAGGAGGUGGCAGCUGCACUGCUUGAAGCUACAGCCUCUCUCCCCAGUACCAAGUGAUAUUGAGAUUUCCAGAGGACAGACUCCAAAAGCUGUGGCUGUCCUUGCCAAGGAGAUAGGACUGCUUGCAGAUGAAAUUGAAACGUAUGGCAAAAGCAAAGCCAAAGUGCGUCUGUCUCUCCUGGAAAGGUUAAAGGAUCAAGCAGAUGGGAAAUACGUCAUAGUUGCUGGGAUCACGCCCACCCCCCUUGGAGAAGGGAAGAGCACGGUCACCAUUGGGCUGGUGCAGGCACUCACUGCCCACAUGAAUGUCAACUCCUUCGCCUGCCUGAGACAGCCUUCCCAAGGACCCACUUUUGGAGUGAAAGGAGGAGCUGCAGGUGGUGGAUAUGCCCAAGUCAUCCCCAUGGAGGAGUUCAACCUGCACUUGACCGGGGACAUCCACGCCAUCACUGCUGCCAAUAACUUGCUGGCUGCUGCCAUUGACACGAGGAUCUUGCAUGAAAACACUCAAACAGAUAAGGCUCUGUAUAAUCGGCUGGUUCCUUUAGUGAAUGGUGUCAGAGAAUUUUCAGAAAUUCAACUUGCUCGGCUGAAGAAACUGGGGAUAAACAAGACAGAUCCGAGUGCACUGACAGAAGAGGAAGUGAGUAAAUUCGCCCGGCUCAACAUCGACCCCUCCACCAUCACAUGGCAGAGAGUGGUGGACACCAAUGACCGCUUUUUACGAAAAAUAACCAUUGGGCAGGCGAGCACGGAGAAGGGAUGCUCCCGGCAGGCACAGUUUGACAUUGCAGUGGCCAGCGAGAUCAUGGCAGUGCUGGCCCUGACUGACAGCCUUGCGGACAUGAAGGAGCGUCUGGGAAGAAUGGUGGUGGCCAGUGACAAGAAUGGGCAACCCGUAACAGCAGAGGACUUGGGGGUGACAGGCGCCUUGACGGUGUUGAUGAAAGAUGCAAUAAAACCAAAUCUGAUGCAGACCCUAGAAGGGACACCCGUAUUUGUGCAUGCAGGCCCCUUUGCUAACAUUGCUCAUGGUAACUCUUCCGUGCUAGCUGAUAAAAUUGCCCUCAAACUGGUUGGUGAAGAAGGAUUUGUAGUGACUGAAGCUGGCUUUGGGGCUGAUAUUGGGAUGGAGAAAUUCUUCAACAUCAAAUGCAGAGCUUCUGGCCUGGUGCCCAAUGCGGUCGUGCUGGUAGCCACGGUGCGAGCUCUGAAAAUGCAUGGAGGCGGGCCAUCGGUAACAGCUGGUGUCCCUCUAAAGAAAGAAUAUACCGAGGAGAACAUCCAGCUGGUGGCUGACGGUUGCUGUAACCUACAGAAGCAAAUUCAGAUUGCUCAGCUCUUCGGGGUUCUUGUGGUGGCCCUGAAUGUCUUCAAGACGGACACCCGCGCAGAGAUUGACUUGGUGUGCGAGCUUGCCAGGCGGGCCGGUGCCUUUGAUGCUGUUCCCUGCUAUCACUGGUCACUUGGGGGAAAAGGGUCGGUGGACUUGGCCCAGGCUGUGAGAGAAGCUGCGAAUAAAAACAGCCAUUUCCAGUUCCUGUAUGAUGUUCAGCUUCCAAUUGUAGAAAAGAUAAGAACCAUCGCCCAGACCGUCUAUGGAGCCAAGGAUAUUGAACUCUCUCCUGAGGCACAAUCCAAAAUAGAUCGUUAUACUCAACAGGGUUUCGGAAAUCUGCCCAUCUGCAUGGCAAAGACGCACCUUUCUCUGUCUCACCAACCUGAGAAAAAAGGGGUGCCAAGGGAUUUCAUCCUGCCUAUCAGUGACGUCCGGGCCAGCAUUGGUGCUGGCUUCAUUUAUCCUUUGGUGGGAACGAUGAGCACGAUGCCUGGGCUGCCCACUCGGCCCUGUUUUUAUGACAUUGACCUUGAUACAGAAACAGAGCAAGUUAAAGGUUUGUUCUAAUGGAACAAGGCCUUCACAGGACCCAAUCCAGGCUCGUUGUACACAAGUGGCCCCUCGCCUUUUUGCCACAGUUGGAGAAGAGAAUGAACUGGAACACACUUGUUAUGAAAUGUCAGAGAAAGGGUGAACUAGACCAAAGAUCGCUUCUUCAUUCAGGACCAAUUCUGUCAGAACCUAGCGUAGCGUUCAGCUAAAGGACCUCCACCACAUGGAAAGAAAGUAAUUUAUUUUCUGUUUCUGCAGAGUUUACACUAUUUCUACUUUAGAUGUUUAUUUUGUGGGGACUGUCAGAUUACCAGCGUGUGAAGUAAAAGGUGACAU